UUCUAAAAUCUUCAAUUGGGGUUUCUUCAUUUUUCACUAAGAACAUAUCUCUCUACAUUCAUAUGUCUCUGCUUCUAAGCAGGCUCUCCAAGCUCCGUCUUGGGGAGUCUAGAAGAUCAACUCUUCUACGUCUCUCCAGUGCCUACUCUUCUUCACCGAUCCAAAAGAAAAGCCCUCCUUAUAUCAUCACUGGCGCUGAACCUUGUGGAGAGGGUUUUCUCGGAAGACUCACCGUUAGCUAUGCUAAUGAUCCUGGCAUUGAUAUUCAGUUGGAAAAGAAGGUCCCAGGGGAGUUACUGUACAACGACAUUUUCAAAACAAUGGUAACAAUCGGUUCAUCCCAUGGCUGGGUGGCUACUUUGAAGGAAGACGGCAUACUGCUUCUUCAAGACGAUCUAAACCCUUCUGCAUCGUACACAGACCCUAAACACAUCCCACUGCCUCCUCUCGUGACUCUGCCUCAUUGCCAAACCCAAAUCAUCACCAACGUUUCCAUGUCCUCAUCUUCCCCCGAGGAUGAAAACUGUGUCGUGGCUGUCAAGUUCUUGGGACCUCAGCUCAGCAUUUGCAGACCAGCUCUGAGAAACUCGGAGUGGACCAACAUCAGUGUCGAGAACCCUUGCUUCUUCUCCUCCCGUGUCGUGUUUUCCAAGAAAGAUGAGACGUUUCGAAUGCCAUGCUCUGGAGGCCAGCUCAUCGGAUCAUGGGAUCUUAGCAAGGAGAAGCUCAACAUCCAGAGGCUGCAGUUUAAAAACCUCCCCGUGUUGGACAAGACAACACGGGAGCUUCUGGACUCGUGCUGCACGGUAGAGAACUUGGUGGAGUCGGUAACCACCGGGGAAACUUUCUUGGUUAAGCAGUAUAAGAAAACUGAUGAGACCGUCGAAGGUGGUGUUGCUAAAUUGAAAACAGAGUAUGUGAUGGUGUUGAAGUUAGACGGAGAAGGCAACGCGGUUUACACUCAAGAUAUUGGAGAUCUCUGUAUUUUCCUCUCGAGGUCGGAACCUUUCUGUGUCCCUGCCACUUCCCUUCCUGGCACGGAACCUAACUUCGUCUACAUCUUAGAUUUUGAAGAAUUCGCAUAUUUCAAUGUGGCUGAUUACACCUUCGGCUUUAGUAGAACUAGUCAUUACUCGGCCCCUUACUAUAUUCCACCUCAAAAUAUGUAGACUAGUUAGUCACAUCCAUUGUUAUCG